AUGCCAUUCACUCCAGAUGAAAUCGCUGACUGUGUGCUCGAAGCAUUUGGAAAGCUUCCAAACAAAGCAAAACCGCGUCCGACUGAAAAUGGACGGCGAGAAUGGGUACCUUUAGCAGGCAUUGUAGCAACCAGAAAGGGUAAAGUGCUCGGAUGCCUGUCGCUGGCCACUGGCAUGAAAUGCCUUCCUCAUGUUCACAUGCCCAAAUGUCAGGGUAAGAUUUUACACGAUUGUCAUGCCGAAGUCCUGGCAAUCCGUGCCUUCAACCAUCUCCUCCUUCAGUCUGUCUCAGCUUUGAUAGAUGAGCUGAACCGCAAUGGUACUAUCAGAGGCAACUCGGUUCUCCUUGCAUGUAGGACGGAGAACACAGUGAACUCUCUGCACCCACAGCCUUUCGCUAUCCAGGAUGAUAUUGAGCUUCACAUGUAUUGCUCAGAAGCCCCUUGUGGUGACGCCAGCAUGGAACUUACCAUGGACUCUCAACAUGAUGCUACUCCAUGGGCGGCACCAGAAUCAAGUGAAGAACCGCCUCUAGCUCUCAAUGGUCGAGGUCAUUUUUCGCAACUCGGUGUCGUCAGAAGAAAGCCUGGUCGCGCUGAUGCACCGCCAACACACUCUAAAUCUUGCACAGACAAGCUCGCUAUGAAGCAAUGCACUUCGCUCCUCUCAGCGCAGACUUUCAUUUUUAUCAGUCCACGAAACGCAUAUCUCAAGUCUAUAGUUCUUCCCGUUUCACAAAUCAACAACAAGAGUAUGACACGUGCGUUUUCAGCUUCUGGUCGAAUGGCGCCAAUACUUACUCCCCUCGAUCACUUCAAACCCAGCGGCUUCAGCUUUCGACCUUUCACCAUCAUGCCGACGAAAAGAGAGUUUCAACAUUCCCGUCGUGUAGCCCCAGCAGACGAAAAGCUGGUACCAUCCAAUUUAUGCGCUGUACGGGCUGGGAAGCUGGAUGAAUUGAUCGUUAACGGCUCUAUUCAAGGCUUUAAAAAGGGCGACAUCCGCAGCGUUAGUAGGUUGAGCAGACACAAGAUGAAAUGUGCUGCGAUCGAAGCCGCAUUCUGGUAUGUAGGCGAUGAUGACAGCCGGCCGCGGUGCCCAGACCUGUUUCUGACCAAAGACUCAUGGAAGACUUACCGCAAAUUCAAGAAGGACGAUGCAUUCAAGCUGAGAAGGAAACUGAAGGAUCAGGUCAAGGACAAAGCCCUGAAGGGCUGGAUAGUCAAUGACGGAGAUGAUGAUUGGCCCCAAGAAGAAGAAGAAGAAGAAGAGGCUAAUCCCGAUAAUGGAGACGACGAAAAGUAUGAAGAUGACUACGACCAUGAAGACGACAGACGCAAUGCGGCAUUCGAUACAGAGUUUGCUGGUGAUUCUGAUGACUUGGUUUUCAUGAAAAAAUCAGUUCCCACAAAGGUGGAAGAUGUUGAAGGCUUUCUAUGA